CGCUUGCAUAGUCUACGACGCACCUCAACCGUCUUGCCAUUUCCAGGGGCGCUCCUUGUUUUCUGCGUCUCACUUCAACGGCCUCCCGGAUCUCCCCCGUUCCUAGGAGGGCCUUUCCCAACCUCACGAUGGCCACUCAUCUCACCAGCAACCAUGCCACGCCAGGUCUCAUCGACCACAGCAUCAGCAUAACCCAGCCCUCAGAUCUGGAUGCCGUCGAGACCCUCAAAGCUGUCCAAGGGAUCAUCGGCACAUACCUUGCCAAUGGUACAACAGGUGGCCGAAGCAGGAUUCCAACUCCUGAAUCCAGUGCAAUUCCGAAGCGUUUGGAGGUUGACAAACGAAAGGUGGACGAUAUGAACGGAUACCAGGCACAAAUUGUGCGGGAAGCCGCGGAUUUGUUGAGUGAAGCAGUGCUGACAAGCAGCCCGGGGAAGGACAUUGACGAAGUGAGCGGACAGCAGCAGACGGAUAUAAAGGCCGUCGAAUCCGAACCCACCAGCAACAUCGCCCAGGCACCUCUCAACACCCAAAACAUGGCAACUGACCAACUAGAUCGGGGUGCGCGCAACUCUGCAGCGACUAACACCAGCUCUGGUGCCGAUAGGAUGGAGUCCCAUGGGGUUGGUACGCGUAAACUCAACGGGGACAGCAAGGCCAACGGCAUCAACACCAAAGCAUCGCCUCCUUCUAGCACCCCUCAGCCCAACCAAGACCUCCUCGACCUCACCGCAAACAUCGCACACAGCAUCUCUCAAAUCGCAACCGAUGACGCCGCUCGGAUCAAACCCGUCACAGACACCCUUGAGUUGGCCACUGCUCUCCGCCCUCCCGGCGACACCAUCAUGGGCUGGUUUGCCAACAUGUCCGUCAUCUCGGCCGUGCGUCUCUUUAUGCACUGGGGUGCGUUUGAUAUUAUCCCCUCGAGCAAAGGGGAUAGUAUCACAUAUGCUGGGCUGGCUGCACGAGUCAACGCCGACGAGGGACUCAUUGCCCGCGUCGCAUCGAUGCUCACCUCCUCCAACAUCCUUCUCCACCAUCCCACUUCGCCCACCCACCCAGCCCCGUCCCUCUCCCACACCCCCACCUCCUUGCUCCUCAUCUCCGGCCAGCCCAUGUCCGCCAUGUUCUCCCUCAUGUACAACCACGUCGCGGCCGUCUCCACUGUCCUCCCGUCCUACUUCGACACCUACGGCCGGACGGAGCCGCUCGGCCCGGCCCACAUCCCGACCUCGUACCUAGCCGGCCGCCCGGAGGAGGACUUCUUCUCGCUGCUCAAGAAGGACGAGCCCGCGCUGCGGAACUUUGGCCUCGCCAUGCGCAUGACCAGCAAGCGCGUGCCCGUCACGGGGGUGUAUGACAUGACGGGGGUGCUGCGGGCGGCGGCGGCGGGGAGGGAGACCGUUUGGGUGGAUGUGGGCGGUGGGGAUGGGCAUACCGCCAAGGAGUUUCUGCGGGAGUAUCCCGGGUUGAGCGCUGGUCAGUGUGUGGUGCAGGACAUGGAGGAGGUGGUGGAGGCUGCGAGGGAACAGGGCGAUGAGGUGCUGGAGGGGGUGCGCUGGGUGGGGAUGGACUUUUUUAAGGAGGCCCCUGUUGAAGGCGCGUUGGUCUACUACCUCCGGCACAUCAUCCGCGACUACUCGGACCCGGUGGCCACCACUAUCCUCCGCAACAUCUCGCACGCCAUGUACCCCGACAGCCGCGUGCUGAUCUCGGAGCAGCUCAACCCGGACAUGGCUAGCACGCCCGGCCCGCUGCCACUGUACGCGGCCUUCAAGGACUUCUCGAUGCUCUCCAUCGGCGGCAAGGAGCGGUCGCUCGAGCAGUUUGCCGCGCUCGCUGAUGCCGCGGGGCUGAGGGUGUCGGGCGUGUUUAGGCAUGCCGCUACGGCGCAUGCUGUUGUUGAGCUUGCGCUGAAGGGGGCCGGGGUGGGUGUGUGAGGGGUGGUUGAUGGAGGUCGAGAAGGGGCUGUAAAAUAGGGGUUGGGCCUCGGUAGGUUGGUUUCGUAGCGUUGGGCGAGACAUGGUCAUACUCGUAUUUGGAAAUUUGGCAGCGGGUUUGAGAAGUGACGAUUCCACAGCGCCCUCCUGGUUCAAGUCUGAGAAAUGGUCCCGGGUCUGGCAUGUGACUCUGCUUGCGGUCCAAUGUUUGAUGAACCUGGGCACUCAUGCAAACGAAUGAUAGCCAGGAGUAGAAAGAAACGUGCAUCAAAGCUGUUUUUACAUACAUACUAGCAGCCACCCAACCCUCGGGGGCCA